AUGUUCUUUGCGGGGAGCCUAUUCAGGUCCUCCGCAGCUGCGGCGAGUCAACCAGGCUUGGCCUCCAUGCGGACCAACAACAUCCCCGACUUUGAGGUUACGGAUGAUGAUGCCGGCGAUGACCCUGAGAGCUUCCAGAUGGAGCCUUCUAUUGAUAAUGCACGAUUUCGUUCCAACUUCUAUCCAUCCUACACGAUGGUUUAUGGGUGGCCUAGCACUGGAGGCUUCUAUAUGUUGCAAUGCGACGGCGUAGACCUCGAGUUCCUUGGCGUUGACCGCCUCGUCCCAACACCGCGGAGCGAUGAUCCAGCGGAGGAUACUCACUGUAUCAACAUGCGCAAACUCGGUGCCAAGUUUUACCAAAGCGAUUGGGAUUACUAUCUCAAGACCACCACACACGAGGAUCUUCAGGAUCGCUAUCAAAAAGCGAUGGAGCUUGGCAAAGAUAAUUUCUUCGCGGCUGAAGAGGCCAAUAAGGCCGCCGAGAAGUUCAUCAAGGUUUUUGGAUGGCCGACAACCGGUGGAGUCUGGGCAUUGAAGGUGUCCACGGACAAAGUCCACUCGUUUGGCAUCAGAAACGCCUUCACGAUGGACGAAAAGUGUCGGGCGAUUGAGAUGAUGGGGGGAGUCUUUUAUGCCGACCCAAACGAGUGCCCAGAUUUGGACCUUGUAUAG